UACAAAAUAUUUUCGUAUAUUCUUGAGAAAAAAAAAACAAGAAAAAAAAAAUAAUAAAAAAUAAUAAACGAUUAGGAAUAUUUCCUUUUCGUGGCUAAAUACGUCAUGAUAAGUCUUAUCCGGAGAUAUCUCUUCAUACUUCCUGUCAAGAAUUAAACAUAAUAGAGACAAUAGAAACACAUGUAUUCGGUAGUACGAUAUUAUUUUUUUGGACAAAAAUUUAUCCGACAUUGUGACAAAAAUUCGUUCAUUUCUAUUCUUAUAAAAAGUAUUUAAAACGAUGGCAUUAUACUACUUUACAUUAGUGCGCUCGAUUGAUUGAUCCAAGACGAUGGUUAUAGACAUAAUGAUCCUAUUCAUCGAAUAGGAUUUUGAUGUGUAAUUGUUGGGGCAAAAAAAUCAACAUUGUUAGAAAUUAAUAACAAUAAUAAUACUUCACGUUCAACAAGGAAACAAAAGAUAAAAAUAAAAAUGGGCCUUGACGCAGAAGUCACUGUUAUACUUAAUGAGAUCGUAGAAUUUCUCGAGUUUCUUCAAAAUGCGAAUUUAUCGAGUACGAUGGAAACCGUACGAAAAAAUUUAUUGUUACGUUCUAAAAAUGCCUUGAGCGUUUUUACAAAAACCGAAGGGACAACAUCGUCAACGUCCUCAUCAGCUGAGCCCUAUCUCCGUAUGAAUGCAAGUUCGAAGGGUUUAUUACCCUUAAAUACCGGAGAAAUUAAUGUAUCCGAUAUGCCAGAUUACGUCGGUGCGGAAGAGACGAUAUCGCAAAGUGAAAAACGUCCUAACUCUCAAAUUUAUCCUGAUUAUUACGAAACAUUCCUAUCAAAGAUCGAAAAUGAUAAAAAGAAAGAACUUGAAGAAUCUCAAGUGAAUGCGCUCGUUAAUAUUUAUUCCAGUUUAUCUGCAUCACAGGCUAAAAGUGAAGCCUUGAAAUGUGGUAUUUUAUUUCGCAAGGAAGGAAAAAAAUUAUUCCUUUUUGAACAAUAUCGAAUCAGUUGGGUCGCAUUAGUAAGAAGUCAUUUAUUGAUCUAUGGAAACGAAGGAGAUAAUAAACCUUACGUUGUGCAAGGACUUCGUGGUUAUUCUAGUCGACCAGCACCUAGUAUUAUUCCACGUGAUCAAAAAAGAAGUGAGGCAGCAUUUGAAAUUUUCAAACCUGGUAAUAAAACGUUACAGUUUAUUGCAAGAACACCAAAAGAUAUGGAACAAUGGGUCGCAAAAAUUUGUCAAGUUGGCUCCUGCGAGAUAAAUAAUUUCGAUCUUGGAAUAAAUUCAGAGAAAGACGUAACUUUCACAUCUUCCUCUGUAACAUUUGGAAAAACGGAAGAGGUCAUUGCAAAAGACCGUCCAUUAAAUUCGACGAAAUUACAAACGACCUUCUUAAACGUUGAAGAGAACAAGACUGUUGAACCUGAUAAUGAAAGUAAAGUUCAAACAAUAAAUGAGAAUACGAGUCCUCCUCCAUUACCAGCUCGUAUACCACGAAGACUUCCAUUGUUACCUUCGAGUGGUAUAAUUUCCUCUUAUGAAAUGAUGGACGAAGAAGAAGAUGGUAUUUAUCAUAAAAUAGAAGAUAUCGAGCAUGGUAAAUUUUAUCAGAAUUUCAUAUCGAAGAAUCAAAAGGAAAUAAUAACAAUUGAAAAAUCUAAAAAAGCCGCUACUACUGCUUACGAUGAUGUUCAAGCGAUUUUACAAAAAGAACGUCAAACGAAUAUGAAAUCUAAAUCGAAAGAUAAAGAUUUAUCUAAUACGAUAUCAAACGAAAUUAUACCUUUCGAUGAAACUUACGACGAUAUAAAUACCUCAUCUGUUAUAAGGGACAAAAAUAAUUGUGAAUCUCUUCAAAAAGAUGUUAUCGAUGCUAAUGAAUCACAGCCAUCAUCAACACCAAAAACAACGAAUUUGAUAUCCUAUGGCAAUGUUGAGACUCCAGCAAAUGCAGCAUCUGAUAAUAAAUUGAAGGAUAAUAAGAAUGAUGAGGUGCAAAAGAAAACACCAACUAAAAAGUCCUUUUUGAAUAGAAUGAGAAAUAAAAAAGAAUCGCCACAGAAAAAAGAUAAAAUAAUAACCGCCAAACAAGAAACGUUGGCGCCGCCUCCGCAAAUUAUUCAAGCAGAGGAAGUGACUACGUACGAUGAUGUGUCUGAUUUAAUUAUCAAAGACAUGUCCGCGUCCAAUGAAAUGUCCGAAUAUAUUUGUCCCCCUGCACCAAGACCUGUAUACGUUAAACCACCAACAAUUAUCAUACCCGUUAAAGAAGAAUUUUAUGAUGAUGUCAACGGAUGUCAAGAGAAAAAAAAUCAACAAAUACAAUCCAAUAUCCAGAAGCUUGAGAAUAGAAUAUCCGAUGAUUGUGAACAUUAUAAAUCACCAAGAAAAGAUACAUGGCAACAAGUUUCGCCAUCUCAAAUGGAAGAACAAAUUUAUGACGAUGUAGCUAUAUUGGCAAAUUUCACCGCACGCCAAAAAGAAAUAUCAGACGAGAAUAAAGAUCAAGAUAGUUCGAAAGCAUCUACUAGUCCAGAUAAAAGAUCAUGGAAUAGAUUUAGUAGAAAACAUAGAUCGAGUGAUUCUAUCGGUUCUGAAACAAAUAAAAGAACAUCCAAAGAGAUUACGGAUGAUUGUUUCGAAGAACAACAGAAUUUUUCUAGAAUGAAUACGUUUCAAAAAUUAAUUAACAAAAUGGAAAACUCACUUGGUAAAGUAUCUCCGAAAACAACACCAACUACAUCAAUGAAUAAAUCUUAUGGAUUAAAUACAUCUUCUUGAGAUGUUAAAUAAUUUUAACAUACUGUAAUAUGUUAAUGUUAUAUAAGAAAUUUUAUUUUUGU